AUGAACAGCUACGAAUUGGUCAAAUCAGAGAUAGAAGAUAACAGCUAUCAGCUUUCCGUGAAGUUGAACAGUGUAGAGAUGUGUGUAAUUGACCUAAGGCAAGAAGAUACGCCCAAAAAGAAGAGAAAAGGCAAGGAGAACGUGCCCCGCUCCAACAAACCCAAACAGAACCAAAACAAGCAGCAAGCCAAGAAACAACAGCAGGCUAAGAUUCCCAAGGAAAAGAAAACUCUGGAGAAGAAGAUCAGAUAA